ACAAAAGCCAAGACACCCUAGCAGUACGCAGCCAGUUCCAUACCCCCACGAUUGCUACCCCACUAGAACGAGACUACGGGCGUUGGUAGCCGACUGGUAGCAGCGGAUGACAGGUGCCUGGUAGGCGGCAAUACCGGAGAUGACUUGCGAGGUCCAGAACCGGGAUUCGUCCUAUUUGCCCGGAAGACCCGUAACCGAACGGACUGACAGUGCCCUUGGUCAGUCGGAUAGCAGGACCCCUCAACCUUUAUUUAAGGUUCAUCCCGGAUGCCCCGGAGAUGACCAGUGGAACCCCAACAACCCCCUGGAAUGUCCGACGUCCUGGCGCUCGACUACGGGCAAUGUUCCGGCCAAUCGCCAAUCCCGGCCGAAGUCCCGAUCAGUCAACACAUCGGGAAGAGCCCAGGACAACCGGAUGGGUCCACGCAGCGCGCGACGAGAACCGCUACCAAGCACCAGGAUGCAGAUCCAAGACCGCGGCCGAAGCCGACGGUCGAACCCAGAUCGCUGGUGGAUGGAGCAGAGGUGACGACGCCGAGCUGGUGGGGCCCCAAGAAGCAGAAGAAAAGGUCAGAUAGAAUAAGAAAGUGGGACAGUUUUGAG